AUGAGCCGCCACUGCCGUCCUUGGCCGCCCGCAUUUCCCGGCGCGUUUCCCCGAACCCCCCCGCGCAUCCGCCGACGGCACACCCCGCGCGUUCUCAAUUGCCUCCUUCCGCUUCCCCCGGCGCUCCAGGGGGAAGCUCCGCCAGUGAUGAGAGUUGCGGGGAGGCGCAAGUCGCGAGGGGGGCGCUUCCGCGUCCGCGCGUGUGGCUUCCGCGCCCGCUGCGAGCGGUGGCGGUGGCGCUGCUGGCGGGGGGAGCUGCGGGGUACGGCGCAGCGAUGCGCGCGCGGUGGGAGAUGUACCAACGCGGAUGGCGGAAGCGAAGCAGGUGCGCAUAUGGGAGUGGGUAUGGCAGAAGCACUGGGAAGUGAACUGGGGAGUGGUGUGGGGAGUGGGUUGGUGGCGGCACUUCCCUCCUUGCCCCGUUCCACAUCCCCCUUCCGCUCCUCCUCUCUUCCUCCCGUCCCACUUCCCGGGGAGUGGCAUGGCAGGGUGGGGGUGGCGGUGAUAAGCGUGGGAAACAUCACCUGGGGAGGCAAUGGAAAGACGCCCAUGGUCGCCUCCACCGCUCUGCACCUCCUCUCACUCCUCAACACUGCCCCGCACUCACAACCGGCCUCACAACCUGCCAUGUCAGCCACCACCACCAUUCCCACAUCCUCCUCCCCCACUCCCACAACUCCCCCCUCUCCCACAACCGCCAACACCUCCCCCUCCAACUCUUCCUCCCCCACCCCUCCCCCUCACGCCCCUUCCAUCCUCAUCCUGUCCCGGGGCUAUGCAGGGGGUGACGAGGCGCGCAUGCUGCAGCGCCAGCUCAGCGGCCACCCAGUUAUCAUUGCAGUGGGGCGGAAGCGUGCUGACGUGGCACGGCGAGUCAUUGGCCAGUUUGGGGCGUGGAGGGGAUGGGGGCAGGGAGCAGCGGAGGGGGGAAAGCAUGAGGGGAGGAAAGAGGAGGGGAGGAAAGAGGAGGUGGUGGGGCAUGGGGGGGUGGAUGGGGGUGGUGGUGCAGUGGGGCCUGUUGCUGCUGUGAUCAUGGACGAUGGCAUGCAGCACUGGGCGCUGCAUCGCGAUCUCGACAUUGUCAUGCUCAAUGCCGUGCCGCCGCAUGCACAAGGGCAAGAGCAAAUACAAGCGCAAGCGGAUUCUUAUGCGCAAGGGCAAUCAGGGUGCAGCAGUCCGUGGGGCAAUGGGAAGCUGGUGCCACGUGGACCAAUGAGAGAGCGGCUUGAGGCGCUGCAACGGGCAGAUGUGGUUGUCAUUCAUAAUGCUGACCUGGCGCCCCCGGCGUAUCACCCUUUCACGUGCUCUCCUCCCACGCCUGCCUCUCCUGCCGGCCCGGCCUCCCCGGCGUGCCAUGAGCCGCGGGGCAGCACAGCCUUGAAAGGCGCCCAGGGCAGAGGGAACUCGCACCUGCUGCUGUGCCACAGGGAGGGGGGGGCUGGGGAAGGAGGAGGGGAGGAAGGGGAGGCAGGAGGCGGGGACAGGGUGGUGGCGUGUGCCAGCGUGGCGGGGCGUGAUGCCGUGUGUCUCUCCGCCAUUGGCUCGCCUGACGCCCUGCAAGCCACACUGCAGACGCAGCUGCACCUGAGGCGGGUGGUGAGCAUCGCCCUGCCCGACCACUCGCCCUUCUCCCUCCAGGUCAGCUGCUCACACUCCCCUGCCAAGCCAGCUACCACAGCCACCUGCCCAUGUGCAUGCAUGCAUGCAUGCAUGGCAAUGGUGCUGCGGCACGCUACCAACUGGCAUUCCUUUCCUUCUACCAACUCGUGCGAAUUCCCUUUCCCUCUCCCUGCCCGCUGCCCGCCUGUGACUUCUCGGGCAGGAGGUGGGCGCAGUGCAGCAAGCCCUCGCCCUCCUCUCACGCACACCUGA